AUGGCCAAGAGUCUGCGCUCGAAGAUCAAGCGAAAGUUCCGCACAGAGCUGCGCAAGCGUAUUGGCGUACCACACGAGGCGAUUCGGGAGGCAAAGAUACAAGAGAACCUCAAGAAUGCGAUUGCCGCGCAAGGAACUGGUGCAUCAGUAGCAAGUCUCAAGAAGCUCAUGGGUACUCCAGUGCCUAUGUCUAGUAGCGUCAUCACUGGAGUGGUGAAGGAGUCUACGCCAGAGGAGACGGCGGCAGCGCUGGACGAGGAGACUGAUGUCCCGAUGACGGACGUGAAGAAGGACAAGAAGGACAGGAAGCGAAAAAGGAAGCCCAAGUUUGUGCACUUCCAUCAGCUGCGCAAGAAAGGCGUGUGA